UCUUGGAAAAAUUUUGAAUGGAGGGUUGUUAGCAAAGCAAUCGGACCUUCAAUCACUAGUCAAUUUUAGCAUUUCUAAAACCUAGAGCUUACGAAUCAUUUUUGUAAAUUUUGACUAAUGAACCAAAAUCUAAUCUUUCAAAAUACCCCCUUAUCCGUCUCUAUUUGAAGCAAUGAAGGAUAAUUCUUUCGGAUAAUCGGUUUUUGUUACAAAUUAUCGAAUUUUUAAAAUCCUUUCAUAAUUCGAAAAAUUGGAAGAAGCAAGUUAUCGAAAUGCUCAAGGAUUUAUUCUCAUGGGUAAGCCAAUUAUAAUUAAUAGUCAGCAGGAUUUCUCUCCAUUCCUCAAACAUUCCCAUUACCUGUUGCUCGUCAUUCUGGUGCUCUCCUUAACCUUGUUCCUUUCGUUGACGGUCAAAAUGUCUAUGGAUUCGGUAAAAUGCCUCAAUACAUCUCACCCUACUUUCCGUCAACGCGAAGAGGUAUCCUCGAAAUAUAAACUAAACGUUGACGGCAAAGUUGCCAACCGCGGGGUCCACUUAAAAUUUUCGCAAAGAACCACCAUUAAUAGUGAAAAAGUAUUUCUUAAACUUCCAGUUAUAACGCCACUCCCUCGACCCUCAAAGUUCAACGAAUUAAAACAACCCGUCAUUCCCGGGUUUAUCAAUGACGAUCUUUUUAUGUCACUCAUAUUAACGUCGUCUAGCUCUAAGAGACGGAUUUUCAAACGCGCUAUAAGAAAACUCUCUUCCGCUCAAGAGCAAAUACGCCGCAAAAAGCCGAAAAAUUAUUACGCCACCCCAGUGUCUGACUAUAAUUACCUCGAAGUUGACCUAGGUGAUAAAAAUAACAACCGAUUCGUGGGUAAUUUAACGAGCGCUAUGCUGACUUCCCCUCACACCCUCUUCACCGACACUGUCUAUUAUUACUCGAAUGCGUUCAAACUCGUCGCAACAUUCUUCAUGUCCGCCAUAUUCAUGAUCGGGUUAGCUGGUAAUAUAAUGGUAGUACUGGUGGUAACAGUCCUCACCACUUCUCCUGGAAUGAGAAUUUCAACAAACGUUUACCUGGUGAGUCUAGCCGUAGCUGAUUGUAUGUCUCUGCUGGCGGCCGUGCCUGAGCAGUUGGUGAGCAAUUUUAUGGCUGUCAAUAGGUGGGUUCUUGGUGGAAAGCUUACAUGUUCCGGCGCCAUUUUCUUACAGUAUCUCUCGAUAAACGCUUCCGCCCUCUCUAUCACCGCCUUCACAGUUGAGCGAUAUUUAGCUAUAAGUUACCCUCUCAAGGCCCAAAUAUUAUGCAGUUACGACAGGGCUCAAAAAAUAGUGGUGGGAGUUUGGGUGUUCUCCCUCUUAUAUAGCUGUCCUUGGCUAUUUCUCACGUCCACUUUCCCCAUGUACAUUCUCGUCAAACACGAAGAUAGCUUGUUUAACCUAAAAACUCAGCGUCACAAUCUGAGUACCACGAACAACGUCAGUGGCAAUAUAGAUUCCGGUGCAUUUUAUCGCGAUUCAAACGCGACCACUAUGAGCAACUCGAUAAUACCUAGCGUAAACAAGACCUAUUUCGAGAUAGUGUAUCAAUGGCAACAUUGCAAUUAUGUUAUAUCGCGGGAGGCUUACCUAGGUUAUUACAUGACCGAUUUGAUUGUCUUUUAUGUCCUACCGCUCCUCAUUUCGUUUGUGUGUUACGGGCUUAUUAUAAGGAUCCUAUUCAAGAGUUCCAGAAUGACUUUUACUUCUUCCGAGACAAAAGAACCCCUUGGUAUCGGGAAGUCUGGCUGCAAGGUCGAAUACAAUAAUAUAGACCACCAACCCAUGUGUCGUAAAAGUUUGUUUAUGCUCAUCAACAAAGACGCCAGGCAUCCUUCUCACCAACCAAGCAAGAUUUCACAUUCCAGCGGUGAUGAUCAGAGCUUUCUCAAUUUGAGUAAUACAGCUGUAUCUGAGAUCCCUCGUGUAGGGAGGAACCCAUCCACCGAUAAUCGUGUCAAUCAUAAUAAGAAAAAGACCCUCAAAGAAUAUGUACACAUAGGAAAAAUUGACAAAUUCAAACGUGGUCUAGCUAAUCCAAAUAUUCUUAACGCCUUUCGUUCCGAUAAAUGGAAAAAAAUGAUUAAUAUUAGAAAUACUCAUAGCCCUAAAAAAGACCGCGGCGGGGCUAAUAUUUCCAGUUAUAAGACAAUGAAUAAGGAAAAGCCUGUGCACCAUCUAAAAUCUCAUUCCACCAGCAUAAGAAUUAAAAUGCAGGUGAUAAAGAUGUUGGUCGUAGUGGUGUGCCUAUUCGCGCUCCUGUGGAUGCCCUACAGGAUUCUAGUCGUCUACAAUUCUUACGCUUCCGCUCAAUCCAAGAUAACCAACUUAUGGUAUAAAUUGUUUUGCCGAUUAAUGGUAUUCAUAAACAACGCAACUAACCCAUUCCUUUACAGUCUUCUUUCGGUUAAAUUUAGAAGCGCUUUCAGGAAACUGUGCUCCUGUAGAUGUUCCACGUGUUCCCACCUGCUUUGCCUGUCUUUCGACGGAAGUAAAAAGGGCUCGGUGAAUGAUGACCAUAAUAGACCGACAGCGGAUUACCCCACCAGUUUUUAUUACAACGAGGAAACCGUGCUUUCUGAGGAGAGUUUGGAAACCGAUGCCCAAGAUCAUAACGAACACGAUCAUAAGUUAUCGAAUCUUCACGAUUUGAGGAAGAAGAAUAAUAAGUGGGGAACGAAAUCCUUUUCCCAGGCCAUAAAUUCAUUGUUCCAAAGAAAGGGUUACCGAUCCACGACAAUGCCAAGGCGAAUUUCCCCUAACAUAAUAGCCAAGAAGAAGAUAAGCAACAUUUUUGCCAACAAGAGUGUUUAUAAUAGAGAAAAUAGUAGCUUUAGUAGUAUAAGGAGCUACAAAGGAAUACCGUUCGACUGCGCUCGCAAGUUGAGCCACUCUGAUAAAAUUUAUUCGCCCUUUCCAAAGAUCGCAUCGUCUUAUGAUGAUGAGGAAAAUAGGGAUGAAAACAUGAUGGUUACAUAUGAACAUGAUCUGCAUCCCAGCUCGAUGUCUAAACCGUCUACACAUCCGAAAAAGAGCGUGACCUUUAAACCUGAUCUGCUAGUUCAAGAUGGCGGGGCUGAUAACCAUGAUAAUGAAAAUAUUGACAAUAAUAUUAACGAUAUAGUAAUUCGGGGUAAAACUACCCAAAUUCCAGACUCUGUUACCUCUGAUACUAUUGCAUAUAAGAACAAAGAGAAUUCACUUAAUAAUAGCGUACCCAAUCAUCUGCUCAUGACUAAAGGGGACGAUGGCAAAGACCUCAUUGAUAGGGAUGCGACAGUAUUGAUUCCUGUUACCGCUGUUUUCAACAUUCACUCUCGAGAAAAUUUUGAUGGAAAUGUCGAUGAAGGUAAACCGCGCCAAAUCACAAUCCCGGAAGUAACAAACGUCCAUAAUAACAAUUUGCGUGAUAAUUUUAAUACGGGGUUGAAGUUGAAUCACGUAUCGAAAAUAAAUAACGAUAAUAUUGGCGCCAAACGCGAUUUAAUCACCGCCGAUCUAAACGAGAAUAAACAUAAUUUUACGAUCAUGGAAGAUAAUUCUCAAAAUGUAGGACAUAUUCCAAAAAUAAAUGGCGACGAUGGUGGCAAAGAUAUCGUUUGGGUCAAGAGAGAAAAUGGCGGACUCUAUAUAUCCAUCGAAACUAAAAUUUGAUAUAUCGCGGGAGGUUUCUCUAAUAAAUAUUGUAUGGUAUAUUUUCUUAUUAAAAUAUAACUGUAUAUUGGA